CAGUGAGGCAGUGCUGCCUGCUCUGGGGGCUCCCGCCCCUGGGGGACACCUACGGGGGUCACCCCUGUCACCGGCCAGGGGCAAGAAGCUGCCCAGCUAUGGGUCGGACUGGGGUUCGGGCUUGGGCCAGGAGGAGGCUUUGGGGCUGAUUUCCUGCCCCACUGUCCAGCGGAGACGACUUUCUGACUGUGUCCACUGCUGAGGCCUGCCCUGCCCAGGGGACAGGAGGGACAGAAACCCUCAGAGCAGGCAGCACGCUGCUGUGUCCUUCCCCCAGUAGGAGUCCAAGGGACGUGGUGGAAGCUGGGGAUACCUUCACCCUGCCCGCUGACACCCAGACUCCUGGGGACAUGGUGGCCCCACAGCUGGGCACCCAGAGCUGGCAGGACAGUGGGCUCAGGGCUUUGCAGGCAGCCCAGAAACUGGACCCGGGGGGCCAUCUCUGAAGUGCCCUGCCCAGCAGCCCUGUGACUGACUGGGGAGCCUGGGGGCCCAGCACUGUGAGUCAGGGUCCUUGGGGGCACAGAGCCAGAGGGGGACGGACACACGCCUCCGGGAGAUGUGUCCCCAGGAAGGGUCCCCACAGCGUGGGUCCUGGGGGGUGCUGAGACCCCCGGUUGGCCUGUGCUACCCAUUCUGCUGCAUGGAAGUCUGUGGGCCAGACAGCAGGAGCCAGGAGAUGGUGUGGACCCGGGUCCGAGGACGUGAAGAUGGAAAGAGACAGGGCGACAGGGGCAGGCAGCACAUCACUGGAGCCCCCUUCACCACAGUGGGGUCAGGCUGGAACCCAGGUCGUGUGCUUGACACACAGCCAGUGCAGGUGCAGGUUCCAAGCCUAUGGGAUCACGGGGUCUAUUCUGCAGCACACCCACCACCAGGCUUGUGUCCCCAGCCUCCCUCCUCGCAAAGAGAACAGCGGAGUUCUCACAAGUCUCAGAAGAGUCUUGUUGCUUCAGCUCAUGCCCAGAUGUCUACAUUCCACAUGAGUGAAACCCUCUGUGGUUCCAUGCUGGAUCUGGGUCCUGCGUCCUGGUGCCGCUGUCCCCGUCUGACCACGUCUACUGUCUUAUUCUGCAUUCACCAUGGUCAGGUGCCACGUGUCCACAUAGACCACGUCCCGGAGCCUGUGUGCACGUGUCCACAACAGCUGUCUUCUGGGGCCUCUGUCCACAUCACCCAUGCCUACUGCUUCUGCCCACGUGUCCUCACGAGCCGUGUCCUCACGAGCCGUGUCCUGGCGCCCUGUGGGAGGUGAGUAUUUUCCGGUGUCUCCGUGCACGUGUGCUGUGCCUGGUCCCAUGCCCAUGUUCUCUGUGUCUGAUGACUCGGAACAAUUGAUUUGAGUCCUUUAAAAUAUAUAUUUUUUACCUGCAGGGGAGUCGCUUCCCAGGCGGUGAAGCAGGUCUGCAGGUGUCUGUCUUUCUCUCCCCCUCUCUGUCUUCCCCUCCUCUCUCCAUUUCUCUCUGUCUUGUCCAACAACAACGACAUC